AUGGAUGUCUCAGAGCACAUGGAGCUGGAACCUUUGCUUUUUUGUAGGCCAUGGAGUUGCUGCCUGUUGCCUCCCAGAGGCAUCGCAGCUGUAGACAACUACCUGGAGUACCACAGAGUUGUGGGUGAAGAUGAUGGAGGAAAACUUGUUACUCCUGAAGAAUACGAAAAAUACAAAAGAAAAUUUUUACCUAUGAGCUUACAGAAUAAGUUGUUCAUGAGCUAGCAAUCACCAAUUGGAAUAGACUGUAAACUAGUGGGUCCAGAGACACUGUGUUUUUGUACACAAAGGUAUAAGCAACAUAAAACUGACUUUGAAACAGUUCCACAGGAGCACCCCAUUAGUCUGUCUUGCCAAGUGACCUGCUGCCAGUGCAGGGCUUACAGUUAUGUCCCUUUGAAUGAUGACCAGUGCAUUCGCUGCAACUGCAAGCACUUUGCUGAUCAGCACAGUGCGAUGCCUGGCUUUAUGUGCAAUGCUUGUCCCAUGUGUUCAGGAUUCCAUAGUGGCUUCACUUGUGCUUGUGGUCAGUGUGCAUAUGCCUAUGACACAGUAGUGGAAACUAAGCAAGAAAGACUGGCUCAAGGAAAACCAGUGGGAAGAGAUGUUUAUUAUGCAACAAUGGAAGGAUUAACUGGCUUUAGCUCAUUGGCAGAAGACUACAUGCAGUUAGAUGACAGUGGAAUUGGUACACUUUCAGCUGAAUUUUUAGACUCUCCAGGUAUGGCCAUGGACCACCCAUGUCCAAAAGCAUUUCAAGUAUCAUCUAGUUCUCCAGAAACAUGA